AUGCCAUUCGCAGCGUACAACAGCUCGGCACAAAUGGCACAGUUCAUCGUGCUCUUGAUCUUCACACCAAUAGGCAUCUUGGUCACGGUGCUGCGCUUCAUCGCUGCCCGCCGCAGCCAGCGCAACACAGAUAUAGAAGAUUGGCUAGCCGUGCUGGCAACCGUCUUCUUCGCAAUGUGCAACCUUUCUGGUCUCAUGGGCAAGUCGGCACAUGGACACGCCUGGGACAUGGUCGGCCUUUAUAUGUUCUUCGGGCACCUGCUCACGGUCAAGCUCCGCAUUCUAGCCUUAUAUCGCCGCAUCUUUGGCAUCCAUCGCACCUAUCGGUUGUGGAUUUAUGCCUUUGCCGCAUUCCAGACCGGGCUCAUCGUCAUAUUCUGCAUCGUGCAAGAUAUAAGUGCAAGCCUUUUGGCCGAUACUUUGACGUCUCCGUCCCAGGCGAUUGUCAGCCGGAGAACAUCAUCGUUUUGGGGGGGCAGUGUCCCCGACACGUUUGUAGACUUUAGUUUAGUUGUCCUCGCAAUGGUCAUGAUUCGCCAAUUACAUUUGACAUCUUCUGUCAAGUGGAAGCUCCGUCUACUGUUUGGAGUUGGCUUCGUAGUCGGCGCCAUUGGCUUCAUAAAAAUUGUCAUUACCUAUUCCACGGACUCUUUCUAUGCCUUUAGCAUGAUCUCUCUCUGGAGCUGUGUGCAUAUGUUUCUGUCGUUGGUCUGCGCCUGUCUCCCCGUCUACUGUCCGAUCCUACCGAGCAGCGUGCUUCUGCACCAGUUCUUCAUUCGUAUCACGAGCUACGCCAAGAAUUCCGGGAACAAAUCCUCGCCCCCUAGCAAUAUACUUGGAGCAGAGGACGGCGACAGCACAAAGGGUCUUGCUGCAUGGACCGAGGCACCUCGUGGCCACGGCAGCAUUAUUCGAGUCGCACCCAACGAGCUUGCAUUCUCCUCUCCUCACGCAUUCACUGAUAUAUAUGGCUCUCACGAUAAAUACGUAGAGCUAUUUGCCAAGACGCAAAUUAACAAUCACGGAAACGACAAGCAUGGCGGCCUUGUCUGGGAAUGGGAUCCCAUCAGACACCGUCAGGUAUCUAAGCAAAUGACUGCUGCAUUCAGCGGGCGAGCGCUUCGCGCCAAGGAGCCUACAAUUCACAAAUACGUAGACCUCUUUGUGCAACGCAUGAGAUCUCUGGCCACAUCUGCAGAGGGCAUCAGUCUCAAGACAUGGAUCAGUUGGCUCGCGUUUGACAUAUCCGCCGAUACGGCUUACAACCGGCAAAUGAAUGCUCUCCAAGACAUGAAAGAGCCCCCAUAUCUCACAAUCCUCACCGAGUUCAACAAGGCCGUUGUUGUAAUCCAGACGAGCUGGAGAUUUCCAUUCCUAGCCCCUCUAAAAUACAUGUACCUGCUGCUCAUUUCGAGAAGAUCGCACUCGGACGCUCGAAAGCACAGCCGCCAGCUCUUACAGAAGCGCAUCCAGCAAGAGGGAAACGUGGAGCACCCCGAUUUCUUCGAGCAGCUCAUGCCGCAGAACCGAGAGCUCCCGGAUCGGCAGGAAAUGCGCCAUCUGGAGCAGGUAGCAGGCCAGUUGCUCCUGGCGGGCUACGAAGGCCCCUCGACUUGGCUGUACCUCACGACGUACUAUUUAGCAAACGACCAGAGGAUGCUCGAAGCCGCGACUAGGGAGGUUAGAGAAGCGUUUGAGAGCUAUGACGAAAUCACGGCGACUUCUGCAGCCAAAUUGCCCUACCUGGCGGCUUGCUUGAGCGAAUCCCUGCGCCUGAUGCCCUUGAUCCCCAGCGGGAUGCCUGUCGUCAGCCCCGGCGCCAUGGUUGACGGACACUUUAUUCCCAAGGGUGUGGUAUGCCAGACCAGCCCUACGGCACUUGCUCACGAUGGCUGUAAUUUCCACGAUGCUCUGCGCUACCGCCCCGAGAGGUGGCUGCCGAAAAGCCAUGCGUUGUAUGAUGGUGAUUUUGCGACGGACCAUCUGGACGCUUCAAAGCCCUUUAGCCAGGGGCCUCGGAUGUGUCCCGGGAAGGAGAUUGCCAUGUGGGAAGGCAGAAUCUAUGCGGCCAAGGUGCUGUGGACGUUUGAUGUGAAGCUGGUCGAGGGGCAGAACAUCGACAUGGCUAAUGAUUGGAAGGCAUGGGGCAUGUUUGUGAAGCCCGAUGUGCGCAUUCGAUUUGUGCCGAGAUGUUGA